AUGGCAGAUGCCUUCUUUCACCCAGCUUUACCUAUUAUCCCCUUGCUGGUCGUCUACUCUAUCUCUGCUCCUUCUGUCUACAAGGUUCCCGAGCUCCCCUCGGCGAGCUUUACUUCUGCUUCUUCCGCGUCUUUAGGAUCGCCCGCAUUCCCCUCACCCGAAGGUGGCGCUCUCGAACCCUUCCUCACAUACACUGAGGAUGGGGAGUUGCUGAACACUGUCGCGUCUGGACCUGGUGCUGCCAACAUCAUGGUUGAGCAGCUCAUUCACUUGACCGGCGCCGUCGUCGUAUCUUUUCUGGCUUUCUUGGGCGGAAUGAAAAAGGUUCUGAAUGAACACAACGAUCAAGCUAUAAAUGAGUUCAAAGCAUCAUUUGCAGAAGGUUGCCGUCGGUACAAAGUCGCCGUAGAAUUCUGCGGAACUCUCAAAGGCGAACUGGUCCGCACAAUGACCAUCCGCUAUCUUCGCCUUUUCGAAGAUCUCCAACCGCCGGUUCCUCCUACGCCUGAAUUCGGUGUUCAUGUGCCUCGUCCCGCCCCGAUUCGACGCGCUCUGCGUUAUCAUCCACCUGGGCACGUAUCACUCGAGUCUGCGGUCGUCGUCAAGACCUCUUGGCCUCAUGUUUUCUCGGAUCGGUGGUCAUUGGAAAAUUCUCUUGGUCGCCCAGUGUCUCCACCUCGUCUUAUUCUUCGGCCGUCUCUUCCCUCAGCUCCUGCCGCUCAUCCCACCGACAAGGAUCGUUCCAUCACGAAGGACUCUACCAGCAACAGCACCUUGUUGGAGGCCAAUCGUGAACCGUCUAGUCCAGUGAACGACCUACUUGAGCCCUCUUGCAAAGUGGAAGACCCGUCGAAUCCAUCACGCAGUCCUGGAGAUACGAUACUCAUCCAUGAGGCAAAAGUGAACUUGGAAUGUCGGAUGGAAAGGCAGGCGGCUGUGGGGCAUGAACCGAAGGAGCGAGUGCACUCCAUGAUCAACAACACCGACACUCCUCAACAGACAUCCACUGGCCCUCCCGCGGAUUCUUUCUCAUCAAGCGGUACUUCUACUCCGACAAUUACUGACGGCAACAUCAGCAACCCUGAGCUACCUUCCACUGGGAACCCACCCCCACGCCCGACAGGGGAAGGUACGCCAGAAGAAGUUGAUUCGUCUACUGGGCUCCAACCCUCACGCCCGAUAGGAGAUGACUCGACUUCUUCUCAGGCGUCACCUGAUGCUGGUACUAUGACUAUCGACACUCGUACUCAAACGACUAGCACAGGUGACGUUGCUGUAAUCGAAGGCCUUGAAAGAGCAACAUCUGGGCCAGACCCCCGACACCCGACAGAGGUUGCCGCUCCUUCCACCCCCGCCCCUUCUUCUUCUUCCUCUUCCAUCUCAGGUCCAUCACCUAAUGAUGAACCGGCACACCCUGGAUCAUCCUCCGACCGCAACAAUGUUGACGGCGGUGACGCCCCUCAAGAGUCCGCAUCUUCUGGACUUCAAGCGACAGCUGCUGUUACCGAAUCAUCGCGUGCGCCUCCUGUGCUCGUUGCUCCUGUGUCCUAUCCUGAAGUCACCGCCAUACAAAGAAUGCCUGGACAUUGGCCGAUCCGUCAUGACGGUACAAUGUCCAGUGCUAUCCAUCCUCGCCGACUCCGGAGCUCUUCCCAGCGACAAUCUCAUCCGCCAUCAGUCCACGAUCUUCGCCGUUCCGCCGCCCUCCUGUCCAGCUCUCGUAGCUUUAUUGAUCCACGGUAUGUCAACUCCCGGGACGCUCGGUCAUCGUUGUUCGACCGAUACACCAGUAUUCCUCGGAUCCUCCGUCAUGAUAAUAGUCGUGCAUCGAGGCUCGGGCCCCACAAUAUGGAGAACGUACAGCCAGAGCCUGUGGACGAAGCCAUCGAUGUACUAACAGAGCCGCCGCGUCAAAUUGUCCAACCACCGUCGUAUGAGAGAUUCGACCCCAACCCGGCGCCUCCAUACUUUGGUUAUCCAGAGGGACAUCCAGACCCGGAUCUACCUCCUCUUUAUCAUCAUGAGGUUCCGAGGGAUGGCGUGUUGGCAGACGGAUCGGUUCAGCAUGGUAGAGAUAAUCCUGCGCUCCCACAAGAUGGGGCCGGCUUGGAUGACAAUGAGCCGGAUGAUCGAGUACGUGGGUGGCUACGGCAGCAAGACGUUGCGAGGGCUACUGGAAGGAUGGACAAUGAUGUGUUCAGCUGGCCGGCUCGCAAUCCCUACGACCACCUUCCAGCGCCAUUUCUUCAAGGCGAACCCGUGGCGCUCCCUUCCCAGCUGCAGGAUCCUGCCGUCACCGCGUAUCAGAACAUGAACGCAGGACAUGUUCUGCCCCAAAAGUACGCGAGCCAAAUCGUCCGCGAGCAAGUACCACCUCAGGAUGCUGUCCCGCCGCCCCAGCACGUCCUCAACCAGGAGAGACAAGGACAUAUCGACCGCCUCGAAUGA